AUGUAUUCAUGUAAGCGUGAUUCUGAUACCAUUGGAGCUAGAGGAGUAAUUCGUGAUGACAUAACGGAUUGGACUAGUGGUUUUGUGGCUAAUCUUGGAAAAUGUCAAAUCCUAGAAACUGAAGUAUGGGGACUUUUUUUUAGUGUUGAAGCUGUUGUCUUUGAUGAUAUCUCUGGCUGGGUAGGGGCUACUUUGACUGAUGAUAUGUUAAGAGUUCAUAGAACUCGUACUUGUUCUUUAAAAGAAGAAAAAACAAUGGAAGAAAACAGAAGUGGAGGUCAUCCCUCCAAAACUGUAAAAUUGAAGUAA